AUGGCGACAUACGCUCUAUCACAGUCUCACCGAGAGCAACUCGAGAAGUCGCUGGCUGAGUCUGAUCCAGAGGUUGCUGAGAUUAUGAAAAAAGAGAUUCAACGCCAACGAGAGUCAGUCGUUCUGAUCGCUUCUGAGAACUUUACUUCCCGCGCUGUGUUCGAUGCUUUGGGAUCUCCCAUGUCAAAUAAAUAUUCCGAGGGUUACCCGGGCGCCAGAUAUUAUGGUGGCAACCAACACAUUGACGCAAUUGAGCUCACUUGCCAGACAAGAGCUCUCAAGGCCUUCAAUCUGGAUCCAGCCAGGUGGGGUGUCAAUGUUCAGUGCUUGAGCGGAAGCCCUGCAAAUCUGGAAGUCUAUCAAGCUUUGAUGAGACCACACGACAGACUGAUGGGCUUGGAUCUUCCUCACGGAGGGCAUCUGAGUCACGGAUAUCAAACCCCACAGAAAAAGAUUUCCGCUAUUUCAACAUAUUUUGAAACCUUGCCAUACCAAGUCGACCUCGAGACUGGCAUCAUCGAUUAUGAGACCCUUGCUAAAAAUGCCAAGCUUUACCGCCCAAAGUGUCUUGUUGCGGGUACCUCUGCCUACUGUCGCUUGAUCGAUUAUAAGAAGAUGCGGGAGAUCGCUGAUUCCGUCGGUGCCUACCUGAUUGUUGACAUGGCUCACAUUUCUGGCCUCAUUGCUGCCGGCGUCAUCCCAUCUCCAUUCGAGUAUGCUGAUGUGGUCACUACUACUACCCACAAGUCUCUCCGCGGCCCUAGAGGAGCUAUGAUCUUCUUCCGCAAGGGUGUAAGAAGUGUUGACCCUAAGACCGGAAGGGAAACCAUGGGGGUCCCCAUAACCAUACCCAUCACCCGCUCUGGCCGUUGCCCUGAAACAAGUCGAUACCCCGGAGUUCAGCAUUAUCAACAGCAAGUGCUGAAGAAUGCCAAAGCCCUUUGA